AUGAACCAGCGCGGUGCGAUGGCCGAAGAAAAGUGGGGCACGCGUCGUGGCUGGACCGACGAGACGGCGCCACCCAAGUCCAAAUUUGAUGCCAUGAUGGACGAGAUCGGUGCCAGCUCGGACAACGACGACAACGAAGCGGCCCAAGCCAAGGGCGCGGCCCUCUAUGUGCGCAAGGGCGGCCGCAAAAAGCCAGCGCCGACGACGACGAUGACGACGACUCGGACGACGAUACGAUGGGUACGCGUGGCGUCUCCUGAACUUGGAUUCGACCACGUGUCACCGCCAUUGUCAGUGCCCGCGAUCAGCAUGGAUCUCAACGCCCUUCGGCAGUUUGUGAUGCGCGCGCCCACGAAAGGCUCGGCGAGCGUUCAAUGCUACGUGGAGCGGGACAAGAGCGGCACGAACCUGCUCCGGCCCGUGUACCGCUUGUUCCUCGAAGAGAACAAGCAGUUCUUACUCGGCGCACAAGUACGGUCGUCUCGAUGUGCAUACUAG